GCAGUUUUCUUCCUAUUCACGUAGGGGUGGAAAAAAUAAUUAAAAUUAAAUAAUAAAAUAUUAACAACAACAACUAAAAAGCCAAUGUACUUGUUUUUUGAAGAGCCCAUCCCCAUCCCAUAAUGAUUCUCGAAAAACAAGAACAAAACUCAACCGCUCCGUCAAGACAACAAAUUACAGUCAUACUCAACUCAACUCGCCGGAAAACGCACACUGAGUUACUCGUCGACCGCCAGAAACUCAACUCGUCCGUCUAGCAAUGAUGGAAGCAAACUAUGAAAGUAAUAGCUCCAAAAUCAAGAAGAUGGAACAUGUUUCAGUUCCACCUGGUUUUGCAUCCCUGACGUCUUUUUAUUUGAAAAGGGAUGAAAAGGUUAACAAAACGGAUAAGUCUACAAACAUCGUCCCAAAUGAGAUUUAUACACAUCGGCCGUGGAUAUUGCUGGACCAGAGCAGCAACCACAAGCCUCAGGAAUCUCACAAUGACCAUCUUCCAAUGGUUAAGUUGAAUCCCCAUACAAAUUCUUCUCUUCCAAAAGGGACCGUAUUUGGAUGUCCAAACUGCAGUAAUUGUAUUAAGGUAUUAGCGAGGUGGCAUCCUGAGGAUGUAAGAAGGGAAGAUCUAGGAGAAGCUCCAAUUUUUCAUCCAACCGAAGAGGAAUUCAAAGACACGCUUAAAUAUAUCGCUAGCAUACGUUCCAGAGCAGAACCUUAUGGAAUUUGCCGUAUCAUCCCUCCUACUAGCUGGAAACCGCCAAGUAUUCUUGAAGGAAAAAAUGUAUGGGAAAACUCUGAAUUUGUUGCUCAAAUUCAGCGAAUUGAUGGGCACCAAGUUCAGCCUGCACCAGAAAAUACAGCUAUCUCUUAUGAUACUAUAGAAACCAAGAGAAGAAAAGGGAUGAAAGUAGCCAUGGACUCUCAUCUUGGUAAUAGAAGCACUUGCACCCCUAAUCAAGAGAAUGUUCAAGAAUGCGACUAUGAACCUAAACCUGGUCCUAAAUUCAGUCUCAAAACAUUUAAGAAAUUGGCAGAUGAAUUCAAGUUCCAGUACUUCAACUACAAGGAUAAGAAUAAGAUUAUGGGUUCUGAUAUAAAUUCAGCUAUACGCCAACAGCACUGGGAGCCAUCUGUUGAGAAUAUUGAGGGUGAAUACGGACGGAUUGUUCAAAAUCCAACUGAAGAAAUCAAGGUUUUCUGUGGUAACACUUUGGAGGCUGGAGAUUUUAGCAGUGGAUUUCCAAUUCCAACAGUUUCUGAUCCUCCAGAGGCAAACACUUACCCUGAAUAUGUGAAAUCUGGAUGGAACUUAAAUAAUAUGCUUUCAGUCCCAGGCUCUCUUCUUUCUUUUGAAAGCCCUGAAGCUGCACAUAAAUUUUCCCCUAGGGUACAUGUGGGAAUGUGCUUUUCUCCACUCAAAUGGAAAGUUGAAGAGCACCGAUUAUACUCAUUAUGUUACAUGCAUUUGGGUGAACCCAAAGUAUGGUAUAGUGUCCCAGGAAGAUUUGCUGUUAACUUCGAAACAGUUUGGAAGAAGUAUAUCCGAGAUAUGUAUGCAGAACAUCCUGAUAUGCAUGAUAAUAUGGUUAUGCAGUUAUCCUGCUCAGUAUUGAAGGAGGAGAGUAUACCAGUAUAUCGUUGCGUUCAGCAUCCUCGUGAAUUUGUUCUUGUCUUCCCUGGAGCAUAUCACUCAGGUUUUGAUUGUGGUUUCAACUGUUCUGAAGCAACAAGUUUUGCUCCUCUUGAGUGGCUGCCUCAUGGACAGAAUGUUGUAGAGCUACAUUGUGAACAGAAGAGGAAGACAUCAAUUUCAUAUGAUAAGCUGUUGCUGGGAGCAGCAAGGGAAGCUGUGAGGGCCCGAUGGGAAACUGAUAUAUGUAUGAAGAGCACGCCAGACAAUUUAACUUGUAAAGAUGCCUAUCAAAGAAGUGGGAUCUUAACAAAAGUUUUGAGUUCUCGCAUCAUGAGUGAAAAUUUGAAAAGGAAAUUUAUUUCCACUUCUUUGAAAUCACAAAAGAUGGAUGAAAAUUUUGAUGUCAAUUGUAAAAGGGAGUGUAGCAUUUGUCUGCGUGAUUUAUUCCUGUCUGCUGUUGGUUGUUCGUGUUCAGAUGACAAGUUUGCAUGUAUUGAUCAUGCAAAGCAGCUUUGUUCUUGCUCUUGGACAGAAAAAAUUCUCCUCUGCCGUUAUGAAAUCAGUGAAUUGGAUGUUCUUCAUCAAGCUUUGGAUGGAAAACUAAGUGCAGUCUAUAAAUGGGCCAAAGAGCAUCUUGGUUUAACCGUGCGCUCAGUUGCCUCCAAGAGAUCAAAACAAACCCCAGAAAAAUUAAUUGAUUCACAAGACUUGAUGAAAGAACCUAUAUUGCAGCCAGUGCGGGAUGGAUACUACAAGUGGAAACAGAGUAAGCCACAGGCUACAUCAAAUACUUCGGAAGGGAAACAAAAUGAAACAGCCUUCCAAGUUAAGUGGAGUUCUAGUAGCAUUCACAGUAGUUCUUAUGGCAUUCAUUCAAAAAAGAACACAGCUUCACUUCAUUCAGCAAUUUCAAAUGAGAUCAAAGCUAAAGAGAAAAUGGCGGGGCACCAUUCUGCUGCAAUAAACAUUGGUGAAGGAAGUAAUUCUGCUGAGAUCAAACCUAAUAGCAAGGCAAUUGGGGAUUUCACAAUUUCAAAGAAAGUAGGUGACCCAAAAGUUUCUGAUGUUUCAACUCCAAGCUCGCGUUUCUUGUCUUUUCUACAGGAAAAUGUUUUGUUUGAAAUUUCAUCUGAUAGUACAAGCUCAUCUACUUCUUCAGAAUCCGAUGACGCUUGAAAAGCUGAUCCAGAAAGGAAGCAUUUACUUGGUAGAGAGAGUCUUCUCUAGGUUUAUGUGUAGGAUAAUCAAUUUUCAUGCAUAGAGCAGCACCGGUUGUUUGGAUGAAACAUUCAUCAAGAAUUCUAGAAGAUUUUGUAUUGCAGUGUAUAAUCAGUCAUAAAGAUUGGCAGGUAAAUUAACACCAUUUAGUAAUUCAAAAGAACCAACACGUCUGUCAGAAGUAAUCAGAGUCAUUGGUUCACAUUGUACUCGGAGUUGUUAGUUGUUGUUGUAUUAUCUUCCUCUCCCUCUCCUCUAAUGCUCCUACAUUUUGGUGUAUAUGCUUGUUUGCCGCAGGACACACAGGAAGAUGCUUUCUUCAUUAAAAUGUGGUGAUACAGUAACUUUAAAUUGCUAAAAUAAAUAUCAGAAUAUGCUCUCCUUUCUUGUAACAAAUUAUACGUUAUUUGGAUUUGAAGUAACGUACUGAAUUUGAAGGCGGUACAAGUCCUUA